AUGAGUGAGCGCCUGGGCAGCAGCAGCGCCUCAGCCGCUGCGGCUGUGGGGGCUUCUGAGGCCCCAGCGCACCCCUGCGCAUUAUCACCAUCUGCAGCAGCAGCAGCAGCAGCGGGGGCGCCUGCUCCAGCAGCAGCAGCAGCUGCUGCUGCUGCUGCUGUACCCACUGGAGAAGCAGAAGAGGCCUGGCACUACAUCCUCAGGGGCCCCCAAAGUGCCUUCUGUGUUGCAGUUUGCUGCAGGGGGCCCCCUGAGGUUCUUAUACAUGAGUAUGAGCACCUGGGCUGCCCCUGGGGGAUAUCUCGGGGGUCCCCGGUGCCUCUGACUGCUGCUGCUGCUGCUGCUGCUGCUGCUGCUGCAGAAGCGGCUGCAGAGCCAGGGGGAGCAGCAGCAGCAACGCCAGCAGCAGCCGGAUCAGUGGCAGCAGCAGCAACGGCAGCAGCAAAUUGCCUCGAAGAAAUUCGGGGACUCAGCAGGGCCCCCUACCUCUUUUCCUGGGCAGCAGAUGGCUGCUGCUGCUGCUGCUGCUGCAGCCACAGUCCAGCCAAGGAAGCUUGCCUUGGAGCUGCUGCUAGCUUAGCACGGGCGCCCUCAGCAGCAGCUGCUGCUGCGCUGCUGCUGCUGGGGCCCACGUCUUCGCCGCUGGGGCCCCAAACGCGGCUGCUGCUCUUGAAGCUGCCGCAGCAGCAGCAGCAGCAGCAGCAGCAGCAGGUGGCACCAAAAGGCCGGGAGGCUGCGCAGAUGACUCUGCUCCCUGUGCGCCUGCUAACAGGCCAACAGUGCAGCAGCAACAGUGCUGCAGCAGCCACUGCUCCAAGCCACGCCAGCAGCAGCAGCCGCUGCAGCAGCCACUGCAGCGGCAAUGGCAGCAGCAGCAGCAGCAGCAGCAGCAGCAACCUUGCAGUUGUUGACGCGAAGGAAUUUGUUGGAUGGUCCGCUGUGGCGUGCGGAGGCCGUCGGGGGGAGUGGCCGGAGCUAGGUGCAGCAGCAGCAGCAACACCAGCAGCAGCAGCAGCAGCAGCAGCAGCAGGACCAGCAGCAGCAAGAGCUGCUGAGGCUCUUACAAACGGAAGCCCUUUUAUACUUCUGUUUGGGGGCCAAUGGAGGGACUCUUUGGGCCGCUGGUUUUUGAACACUGCUGCUUUGCUGCUGCUGCCAAUACCCCCGAGUCAGUCACAGCGAACUGCAGCAGCAGCAGCAGCAGCAGCAGCAGCAGCAGCACCUGCUGCUGAGGCAGGCUGUGCUGGUGGUACCCUUGCUGCUACUGCAGGAGAUCGGGAGGCGGAAUCAGCAGCAGCAGCAGCAGCAGCAGCAACAGCAGCAGCAGCGGGGGAUUGUAAGGACAGUUACGGUCAAGGCGAAUGGACUUGGGUGGAGUUGAGCAGCAGCACAGGCAGCAAAGUGCUGCAGCGCUCUGCUGCUGCUGCUGCUGCUGUCCGCAUCAGCAACACUGCAGAGCUGCUGCUGGUGAAUGGCGGCAGCAUCGUCGGGCAGCAGCAGCAGCAGCAGCAGCGCAGCAGCUCGAAGUUCAACCAAAACGUGCAGUGUGAGCUCACGGAUUCAACUGUUGCUUUGCUGCUCUCCCCGAAGAGCGUCACUGACGCAGCAGCAGCAGCAGCAGCAACAGCAGCAACAGCAGCAGCAACAGCAGCAGCAACAACACAAUCUGUGGGCUCACUGCCUCUCCUGGACAUUCAGGAGCUGCAGGGGCUUAUUGCUGGACCUUCACCCUGCGCGCGCAUGGGCUGCUGCUGCUGUUUUGUUUCCUCGAUAAGGCUGCUAUUUCCCGCGCCUGCGUAUCGUAGCGGGGCUUUUUAG